AUGGCCGCCACCUACUGCCCCGGGCCCUGCGUUCCCAUGGAUUCUGCCGUCUCCGUCUGCUCGAGCGAGGGCAGUUGCGGGAGCCUCGUCUGCCUGCCCGGUUCUUGCAACGUUUCAUCCUACGCCCUGGACAACUGCCAAGAGACCUGCUGCGAACCUCCCUGCUGCGCGCCUCCCUGUUGCGUACCCAGCUGCCGCCAGCCCGCUUGCUGCAGCGCGGCGUGCUGCCCACCCCCCUGCCGCGUGGCCCUCCUCUGCCGACCGGUCUGCGGCGUGCCCGCCGGCUGCCCGUCGGCCUGCACCGGCUCCUGCUCGCCGUCUUGUUGCCGACAGUCUUGCGGCCAAGACUCCUGCUGCCGAUCAGCCGGCUGUCAAGAUUCCUGCUGCCAAGAUCCUUGCUGCCAAGACCCUUGCUGCCAAUCCGCUGGCUGUCAAGAUUCUUGCUGGCAGUCAUCUGGCUGCCAAAGCUCUUGCUGCAUCCCCGUUUGCUGCGAGCCAGUCUGCUGCGUGUCCACCCCCUGCCCGAGCGCCUCCUGCGGAGACCCUUGCUGCCGGCCCUCUUGCUGCGUCUCCACCUGCCGCCGGCCCGCUUCUUGCGUAUCGCUCCUCUGCCGCCCAGUUUGCAGCCGCCCGGUCUGUUGCGUGCCCGUCUGCUGCAAGCCGGCCUGCUGCGACUCCAGCUGCUGCGCGCCUGCCCCCCGCCAGCCCUCUCGUUGCCGAUCGGCCUCCUGCGUCUCUAUGAUCUGCCGACCCAUCUGCGGCCGGCCCGCCUGCUGCGGGGUCACUUCCGGCCAGGGGUCCUGCUGCUGA